CGAGAAGAUGGCGGCGGUUGCGUCCUGCCCGUCGGCGUCCGCCACGGCCAGCGCCGUGGCUCUCGGGGAGGUGGAGGAUGAAGGGCUCCUGGCAUCGCUGUUCCGGGAUCGCUUCCCGGAGGCCCAGUGGCGGGAACGGCCCGACGUGGGUCGUUACCUCCGGGAGCUGAGCGGCUCCGGGUUGGAGCGGCUGCGGCGCGAGCCCGAGCGCCUGGCGGAGGAGCGGGCCCAGCUGCUGCAGCAAACGCGCGACUUGGCCUUCGCCAACUACAAGACCUUCAUUCGCGGCGCCGAGUGCACCGAGCGCAUCCACCGCCUGUUUGGCGACGUGGAGGCGUCGCUCGGUCGCCUGCUGGACCGCCUGCCCGGCUUCCAGCAGAGCUGCAGGAACUUUGUGAAAGAGGCUGAGGAGAUCAGCUCCAACCGUCGGAUGAACACACUGACUCUAAACCGGCACACAGAAAUCCUGGAAAUCCUAGAGAUUCCUCAGCUCAUGGACACCUGUGUCCGGAACAGCUAUUAUGAAGAGGCCCUGGAGCUUGCAGCCUACGUACGCCGACUGGAAAGGAAAUACUCCUCCAUCCCUGUCAUCCAGGGUAUCGUGAAUGAAGUGCGCCAGUCGAUGCAGCUGAUGCUGAGCCAGCUGAUCCAGCAACUGAGGACCAAUAUCCAGCUCCCUGCCUGCCUCCGUGUCAUUGGCUUCCUGAGGCGCAUGGACAUCUUCACUGAAGCUGAGUUGAGGGUGAAGUUUCUUCAGGCCCGAGAUGCAUGGCUCCGUUCCAUCCUGACUGCCAUCCCCAAUGAUGAUCCCUAUUUCCAUAUCACAAAAACCAUCGAGGCCUGCCGUGUCCACCUUUUUGAUAUCAUCACUCAGUACCGUGCCAUCUUCUCAGACGAGGACCCAUUGCUGUCCCCUCCCAUGGGUGAGCACACGGUGAAUGAGAGUGCCAUCUUCCAUGGCUGGGUACUGCAGAAAGUCUCUCAGUUUCUGCAGGUGCUGGAAACUGACCUUCACCGGGGGAUAGGUGGCCGUCUGGACUCUCUGCUGGGCCAGUGCAUGUACUUUGGGCUGUCCUUCAGCCGGGUGGGGGCUGAUUUCCGGGGCCAGUUGGCUCCUGUUUUCCAGCGGGUAGCUAUCAGUACGUUCCAGAAAGCAAUUCAGGAAGCGGUGGAGAAGUUCCAAGAUGAAAUGAACUCCUACACCCUCAUCUUGGCUCCAGCCAUCCUGGGCAGCAGUAACCUGCCUGCUGCUGUGCCAGUCACUCAGCCAGGGACCCUGCAGCCACCCAUGGUGCUCUUAGACUUCCCACCCCUUGCCUGCUUCCUCAACAAUAUUCUGGUCGCCUUCAAUGAUCUUCGCCUUUGCUGCCCCAUAGCUCUGGCACAGGAUGUGACUAGGGCCCUGGAGGACGCCCUUGCUAAGGUAACCAAAGUAAUCCUGGCCUUCCAUCGUGCUGAAGAGGCUGCCUUCACCAAUGGGGAGCGAGAGCUCUUUGUCCAGUUCUGCACUGUAUUCCUAGAGGACCUCGUUCCUUAUUUAAAUCGCUGUCUCCAAGUCCUUUUUCCACCAGCUCAGAUAGCACAGACUUUAGGCAUUCCACCCACUCAGCUUUCCAAGUAUGGAAACCUUGGGCAUGUGAACACUGGCAUCGUCCAAGAACCUCUCGCCUUUAUCCUGCCGAAGAAAGAGAUGGUCUUCUGUCUAGAUGAAAAGGAGCCAGUGCCAGAGCCCACAGCUCCAGUACCAGAACUCCUGGCCGAGGAGUCAAACCUCGAACCCACCACUCCGGCUUUCCCUGAGGAGGGGCAAGAGCAGGUUGAAUCAACGGAACCACUGAAGGACGAUGUACCCAGUGGGAGCACUUAACAGGGGUUCCCCGCUCCCAGAAGUAGGCGCAGCACCCAGGGUCUGGGAGGCCUGGGAGCUUACUGCAGCGCCCAGUGGGACAGCCCAGGGGAGAGGCUGCCAAGGCACGCAUGAGAGGAAAUGAAAGGGGAAAACCUCCUAGUCACUCCUCUUACACUAUAAGAAAUGAAAUAAAAUAAUAAAGCUAAUUAUGGUUACCUA